UGUUGGGAACGRCCGUAAAUAAGCAUUUCACUGUUAGUCUACACCUGUUGUUUGCGAAGCAUGUGACAAAUAACAGUUUAUUUUUAGGUUAUAGGCUAAGAAAAAUGCAUUUAGGCCUACUAAUCUUUCUAUAUUGCUUGAUAUUCUAAUAUAAAAUAGAUAUCAUGUGAGUGAAGCAUGAAAAUCGAGCAUGAUCAGCAAGUUUCCCAAGACGUUGUUGAAAUGUGAUUGUUGAUUUGAUCKCAAUUUGACCUAUACAUUCUUUCUAAUGAGUAAUAGUCAAAAUAUUUCAUUCUGCUGUUUAAAUGCAUCUGGUUGCAAGUAUACCAAGGAAAGCUCGUUAAGGUAAAGUUUUUAAACAAAGUCCACACAAUGCUCCAUGCAUAUCAGAUACUUUAGCUUCAGUCCCUGAAUAUCCUACUGAUUCGUGAUGUAAACAUACUAAAUGGAUCAACAUUGAAUCCGUGAACUACAUAUAGCCUAACUUUUUCCAAGAUAAUUUCCUUUAAUUGCUUACAGGAGUUUUGCAUACCUGCGCUUGCAUUAUUCACAUUUUAUCUCAGGAAGAGGAACAGUCUAUAUUGAGUCGUUAAAAAAAAAGUUUCUCCAAAGUUUCGAAUGGGAAAGCACGCCCACUAUUUUAACACGGGGAAUUWAAAAAAAAAAUCAAGUUCAUUCACAAAUUUACCAUCAGCUGUGCGUGAUUGUCUCUCGCGGCCAAUGGGAGGCAAGGCAAUUAACAUCGCAACCUCUAGCGCCAGAUGAUUCAAAAAAAACCUGUGGAGCUGGAGUGUUUGUUGUGAGACGGGCGUUAGAGUUUGAAGGUGAAGUAGGUGGUGGUAAACUCGAAAUUCAAUGGACUACAGUUGAUGGGUAUCUCGCACAUAGSCAACAAACUGCUUGCAUUUCUGAAAAGGUUUAUUUCGAAACGGCAAGCGUCAUUGAAUAUCACCUGAACUUUUACGAAGAAYAUCAAACCAAGGAGAAUGUCGGAGCGACCCCAGAGCCCUACUUCGGAGUGCAACAGCCGGCCUGAUGACUUCAGCCGGGCCAUGUACGCCCAGGCCUUGAGUCAAGAGGGGUUUGGAGGCGCGUCGCUCCAGAUCCCACACGGCGUUCUACAACAUCAUAGUCUUCUCUUCAACAAGGCCGCAUAUAAUGGGAUGCCUCCAACAACCAAUCAYACCUUUUUGCCAUUCCCACCGGGCACUGGUGACUAUAGGGCCCCCGACUUGCACGCCGGUGACUUUUGCCAACCCAAACACUGGUGUCCUAUCGCCGCUCCGGAGUACACCGGCCAAGUAGCAGGGGUCGCAGCGGCUAKCCACCCCACAAACCUGAGCCAACCUAACACCGAAACCAGGGAACAAGUCAAGAUGUCCGAAAUAAAGCUCGAGAAGGAUGUCAAUGACGAGUAUGGGCAAAAGAUUCAACAUUAUCCAACUCCACCUUCGUCUGCUGUAGCUCACGGGGUUUACUACUCGACCCCAUGGAACUCGUCGUUUUGGCCCGGCUUUCCCCACACCACGGCUGCGAAUACCAAUACUCAAAACCUCAACUCCAUACCCUCAACAUCGUCUUCAUCGUCCCCAUCUCUCUCGCCCUCACCCCCRAGUAAUGGGUUACCCGGGGUUACGUUCUUCAACGGGAACACAAGCCAAACUGCCCAAGCGCCCCAGGCGCAAACCUCUACCCGGAGCAGUGGUUCCUCCAGCGGCGGGUGUAGUGACUCGGAAGAGGAGGAGAACCUUUCAACUGAGGAGCUGGAACAGUUUGCCAAGGAGCUGAAGCACAAGCGUAUUACUCUGGGUUUCACACAAGCAGAUGUAGGCCUGGCCCUAGGCAACCUUUAUGGCAAGAUGUUCAGCCAGACUACAAUUUGCCGCUUUGAAGCGCUCCAGCUUAGUUUCAAGAACAUGUGCAAGCUGAAGCCCCUGCUCCGGAGAUGGCUGAAUGAGGCUGAGACCUCGGACAACCCCCAGGAUAUGUACAAGAUCGAGCGGGUAUUUGUGGACACCAGGAAGAGGAAGCGGAGGACCAGUCUGGAGGGGUCGGUGCGCACGGCUCUGGAGUCCUACUUUGUCAAGUGUCCCAAACCGAACACCCAGGAGAUCACACACAUUGCUGAUGACCUGUGUCUGGAGAGAGAUGUGGUGCGUGUGUGGUUCUGUAACCGCAGACAGAAGGGCAAGCGCCUGGCCCUUCCAUUCGAUGAGGAGUGUGAAGGACAGUACUAUGAGCAGAGCCCCCCUCCCCCGCACAUGGCUCACUCCCCCCUGCCUGGGCAGGGGUACUCUCUCUCCAGCCACCCUGGGGGCCCCACCUUCUACAUGCCCCCCCUCCAGAGGCCAGAUGUCUUUAAGCAGGCSCUGCACCCUGGACUGGUGGGUCACCUGACAAGCUAAACAGGUUCCAGUUCUCCAAACCAGCCCGGGCCAUGUGGCCACCUCUUCCCUUCCCCACCCAACAUGGCUACCUCUCUUUAGUCCUUCAGUCCCCACCAACCCAGGCUGUUGUCCUCCAUAUGCAGUUCUACCACACCCUAGUCCCUCUGGACCACAGAGAGCAAGUCAAGUGAGCGGGGGCUUGUAGGCCAGUAAAUAAAUGGCUCAAAGCUGGAACUUCCUGGUGUCUUUAAGGCCAGGGAAUCUUGACACUGCCUUGUCUCUGCUACAUGUUGACUUUUCAUCUGUUGUGCCUUGRCUCCCACCCAGUUCAGCUGCGAGUCAUCUGCACAACGGUCGACYCCCCAGCCAGCAUCAUGACUAUUUAAGGGAUGGGGAGGGUUUGCCCAUCGGCUCUGAAUCCAGUAUGAGAUGGCUUUGCACAAAGUUGUGGUUUUGUUGUCUGACCUUUUGAUAUUUUUUAUUUCUUUAUCUUGAAUAUCAUUGUCCCGUCUUAUCCUCCAGUGGCUAGCUAUUUUCAGGUGACAGUUGUCUUAUCUAGAGUUUCUAUAAGUAUUCUUUGUCUUGUUCAGAAGGAGUACUUUCAUAGUGGAAGUAUGKCACAAAUACAGUUUACUUGUCUUGCUGAGAAUUCUGGUAUGUUUUGUUACCCAUGAAUGUCUUUUUCAUCUGUUGUACACUGACUAACUUAAGUGAUUUUUAUUAUUUUAAAACUGGAACCGUAGUUCAUGUUGCACCAAGGGGACAAACGGCAGGAUGUCUGUCGAGUGGGGCARUGAGUACUGCCCCUCAACCAGUGUUUCUUGUGAUCGWCAGUGACCUAAAAUUGUUUGUCACUGUUGACUUCRUCAAUCCUAUAAUYGUUGCUUUGAUCUUUCUAAAAAUGACCAUGUCACAAUCUCGUGCCUUAAUGUGUAUUUAAAGUCAUUUCCUCUUCUGACUCCGAUCUCUUGUGACAUGUUUUUARGCAAUCRUAUGUUUAUAAAUGAAAGCCUAUCUGAUAAUUUAUUGAAACUGGCUAUUUCUCUGGGGAAACCUAAAGAUGUUAUCUGUAUAUUUUCCACCARGCAUUUAAAUACUUUACUUUAUUUUCCAUUCCAACCUCCUGUGUAGUUACAAUUACUCCAAGUUGACAAUUUACGUUUUGCGCUUUGGUUCUCAGUUAAGGUUUUUACGUCGCCGGUGUUAUGCUUUACAGUGAACGCCUUGCAAUAAGUAUUGUCAAUCUCAUAUCCACGCAUUAUACAAGUGUCGUUAAUGUUUGGAUUGGUAUAUUCCCCUUUCCUGUAACUUCUGCACUGAGUAUGCUUUGGUACUGUAACACAUUGCUUUGGUUCAAUUCUGCUGUUUAAGUACCUUACUGUGAUAUCAAUUAAAAUGGUCAAAGAGC